CGCCUCGAUCGCCUAACGUAAAAGAAGCACGGAGCGGCUAUGACUAGCACUUGGCAUACGUCGCGAACCGGCAGACGACGUCUAUCGCGCUGAAAGAACACCAACACUUGCACGCGAUAGCGAAGCCUCGCCAAUCAUCUUCGCCAGAUCUGCAUCCCAUCCUGAGCAGCCGACACCAUGGCCCACGCCACCGAGACGGAGCGGAGGAGCAGAAGGAAGCACUCGCGUUCGUCAUCAAAGAACCCAAAGACGCGAUCCUCGUCCAAGAGGGCACAUGCAUCGCCUUCGGUGCAGAAUCUGUACUUGCAGGACUAUGCUCCGCCCGUUCAGGCGACGUCACAGAGCCCCCCUCCCCAGUAUACACCAGUCCAGCAGCCAUAUCCCCAGCCUGCCACACGCUUUCCACAAGCACCACAAGCACCACAAGCUUAUUCUGCAAGCCCGCCUGAGCAUCCCACCUACAGUCGCAUGCCUGGGGCCUUUCCCCAGGACGUACCUCGAUAUUGCUCUUCUCCGCCUCCGCCUGUUCAGCCCUACGCCAGCCAAUCAACUAUCCGCUUUGCUUCCCCGCCCCCUCACGAACCCCGUGGUCAGGGGCCUUUUCAGCAGCAGUGGGACAGCCUUGACCGCAUGGCCACAAAGUCCUACACGAACCUCCGUGACGCAGCUGGAAAGAGUGCGAGCAAACUAACUACGACCUUUAUUGAGCGGCCCACGGCUGCUGUUGUCACAAAGAGCAUGCAAACGUUGUGCCGCGGGGCAGCGCUUUACGAUAUGCUUAGCUCAAAAUUUGAUACCUUCAUCACUGACAUGGACGACGAAAAGUUUAGCGGGAAAGAGCAGGAUUUGAUGAUGGAUUUUGAUGACCAGGAGCAGGAGGAGAUUGCAAAUACAAGCCCGCCGCUCUGUGGAGGAAGACGUCCGGUUCGAGAAGAGGUUCAUCCCAAGCCCAGCAGCAGCAAGGGGUCAAAUCACUUCUCGAAGGUAUGGCUCUACUCAAAUUCACGACUGCCGCCGCAUCUGCCCCCUUUCAAGGUGUAUCUACCGACGUAUCCCUUGCUGUGCUUGGCGGCAACGUACUCUGAGAAGGCGUACAUUCCCCCUGGCAGCAAGAAGAGCUCGGAAAUGGAGACGCACAUUCCUGCCGACUGGCGUAGUGGUACAAAAGCCAUGGUGCUCAAAUCCAUACCUGUGGAGGAGCUCAACACCAUUGUAUUUGCUAUUCGCGGGAGCCAGACGUUCAUGGACUGGGCCGUCAACUACAACUCGGCGCCGAGCAGUCCCAGCAAGUUUCUCGACGACCCUGGGAACUUGUGUCAUGCAGGCUUCCUCUAUGUUGCCAAGAAGAUGAUCAAGCCGGUCGCGGAACGGCUCAAAGUCCUGCUUCAGGAGAACCCCGCUCGCUCAAACUGCAGUCUGCUCAUCACCGGCCACUCCGCGGGCGGAGCCGUCGCCGCGUUGCUAUAUGCACACAUGAUGAGCACCAAGAUUCAGUCUGAACUAAAUUACCUUACCAGCUUUUUCAAGCGCGUGCACUGCGUUACUUUUGGUGCACCGCCCGUCAGUCUGCGGGCACUCAAGAAGCCCGAAGACCAACGACACAGGAAGAGCCUUUUCUACAGCUUCAUCAACGAGGGCGACCCGAUUCCGAGAGCCGACAAGGGCGUCCUCCGCAGCUUGUUGAAGCUGUACGCCAGUCCUGCACCGGCCCCGGCGUCGACCCUGGGUUCAUCAAGUGGCUCCACAUACAGGUCGCAUUCAUCUUCGCCGCCCAAGUGCAAGUCCAAAUACGGCCUUUCCUCACGCCUCGCCAAGCCAUCGAAAGCGUCGUUGCAGACCAACAACACCAACUCGACCUCUUCGUCGCUUCCAGCGUGGCCGAUCCCUCCAUGCUCCUUGUCUCCUGCUGGCCGGCUUGUGGUGCUGCGACAGAGAGUUGGCACGACACAUGAGGAUGACGUGGAAGCCGUGACUGUGGAUGAAGAUAUGUUGAAGAACAUUGUGUACGGCGAUGUAGCCAAGCACCAGAUGGCUGUUUACAAGAAGCGGAUUGAGGAGGUGGCUGUCCGGGCAGUUACCGCCAACGGGUGCUGA